UACAAACGACUGCUGUAGUCUUGGCUUAAAUUAUAGAGUUCAGCCGAGGAAGAGAGUGGGUAGGAAGGUAACUUUUUGACUAGAAUAACCCCGAAAAUAAUACAAAUAACAACGUGCUGGUCUAAUAUGGCUCCAGUAACUACCGAAGGAGCCAAAGAGGAUUCUCAGUCAACAGUGGCGCACAACGACAGUGAAGAAGCCGCAGAUACCGGUUUCGAGGACCAGGCCGUGUCGGACUCCACACAGGAGCCGGGUAACAAUGAAGAGGACGGGGCAGGAAUGGACGCCAGUGGUGGUCGCGGUGAAGAACACGAGGGAAGCACGUUGCUUUCCCACGACGACUGCAAAAACACCGCUUCCCCGACCGAAGGGGGCCACUACGGCCGAGACGACAAACUAUCCGAAGCGGGGAAAAGUCCCGCACAGGGGAGUCUGGCGAGUAGUCCCGAGUCCGCCCAAGAGGGUUCCCGGGUGCUGAGACAAGAACAAAGAGAGGGAGGGAACAUAUCUCCCUCGCCGCCGACAGGGCACACAAAGGCGGCGGAGAAACACGAUCAUGGCGUUAAAAGACGAGCCAGCGUGGAGCUCAACUCGUCGGACGGAGAGCCGCUUAGUCGGAUGGAUUCAGAGGACAGUAUCAGCAGCACCCUAAUGGACAUGGAGAGCACGGCAUCAAGCGGCCGCUCCACGCCAGCAAUGCUCAACAGUCAUGGCGGCGGCAUGGUGGUGGGCAAUGGCACGGUGCCGGUGAAUGGCAAGUCGAGCUACACAUGCUGUUGGGAUCACUGCCACCUGCAAUUUUCCAACAGCCCUGAUCUGGCGGAUCACAUCCGAGCCACACAUGUGGACGGGCAGCGAGGAGGGGUGUUUGUGUGUCUGUGGAAGGGCUGUAAGGUUUAUAACACACGAUCCACCAGUCAGAGCUGGCUGCAGAGACACAUGCUGACGCACAGCGGCGACAAACCAUUCAAGUGUGUGGUUGGAGGCUGCAAUGCCACUUUUGCCUCUCAGGGUGGGCUGGCACGUCACGUUCCCACUCAUUUCAGCUCUCAAAGUUCGUCCAAGGUUUCCAGUCAUGGCAAAGUGAAGGAGGAGUCGCCGUCAAAGGCUGGCCUCAACAAGAGGAGAAAGCUCAAGAAUAAACAUCGACGCUCACUCCCCCGACCUCAUGACUUCUUCGACGCCCAAACCAUGGAUGCCAUCCGCCACCGCGCUAUAUGCCUCAAUCUGGCAACACACAUUGAGAGCCUCGGAAAUGGACACAGUGUGGUGUUCCACAGCACGGUAAUAGCAAGGAGGAAAGAAGAAUCUGGCAAAGUGAAGGUUCUUUUGCACUGGACACCUGAAGACAUACUUCCAGAUGUUUGGGUGAACGAGAGUGAUCGACUGCAGCAGAAGACCAAGAUUGUGCAUCUGUCUAAGCUACCAACCGACACAGCUGUACUCCUAGACCCAAAUAUUUGCAGGAUGUUCUUCUAAGCUGUUCCAAAGGACAGCUUGCGGUUCCGAAAUCCUCCUCUAGGUGAACCCUGUAGGAGUUUAGAGACUGGUGUACACGGUUUGCUGAAGCCAUGUUUAUUAGGUGCUUAUUAGCAAAAGAUGAUAAUUAGGGAAAUGUUUACUGUAACUAGAGAACUACAGAGUAAUUGUAGACACAUUUGUAGCAAGAAGCCGUCUUUGUAAAUACUUGAGAUUUGUAAUAUAUUUUUUUACUUUAAUUUUUCUCCUCAAAAGGAACCAUAGCUGUAUGUCCCUUUUUUUUCUACCAAAUGUUUUAAAACAGUUGCCCCAGUUGGAUGCCCUUGAACACUGUCUGCCGGUUAAAACGUACUACAACUUACUGUAAUUAGUGCCGUACUAUGGCAGGUGUUAAUGAAUGUAAUGCCAUCCCUGUUCGUUUGAAACCAUCAAAGCAACUAGUCCAUCUGCUGUAUUGUUCCAAAGAGAGUGAGUGUGUGUGCGUGUGCGCGCGUGUAUGUGUUUUCUUAGGUAAAUCAUA